ACCACGUGUGCACCCACUCACACACACACGUACACAUCUCCACACAUCCCCAACACCUGACGGAUACUUCCUUACCUAUUUGUCACCCUGGUGGAGCUGUCUGAAGCUAGAGUAGCCAGCUAAAGUGGGAUAUUUGAGGGCGUGGCAGUGUGGGUGCGUGUGUGCGUGUAUAGCCAUGAUGAGUGGCUGGUGAGGCGGCGUCAGUAGUCCACCAACAGUCUUACUAACAUCACCUGUGCUCCUCCUCUUCCUUCAUACAGCCAUGGACAGUGACCCCGCCAGUGACCUCACCGGGGAGAGGAAGCAGGUGCGGGUGUGGGGUGAUGGCUGCUAUGAUAUGGUACACUUUGGGCAUGCAAAUGCGCUCCGUCAAGCAAAAGCUAUGGGAGACUACUUAAUAGUUGGUGUGCACACAGAUGAAGAGAUCAGUAAACACAAAGGUCCGCCUGUCUUCACACAACAAGAGAGAUAUAAAAUGGUCCGAGCCAUCAAGUGGGUGGAUGAGGUGAUUGAAGGAGCACCCUAUGUUACCACCAUAGAAACUUUGGAUAAAUAUAAUUGUGAUUUCUGUGUACAUGGAGAUGAUAUCACCAUGACUGCUGAUGGUGUUGACACUUAUCACAUCGUCAAAGCUGCCAAGCGAUACAAAGAAUGCAAGAGGACUGAGGGCGUCAGUACAACAGAUUUGGUUGGAAGAAUGUUGUUAAUGACCAGACAACACCAACAGGUUGGAGAUGCUGAGUAUCUUGUUGAGCGUGGCCAUUCAGAUAGUCUGGGAACUGAUGCCAGUGCUCGAUCACCGUGGACUGGUGUCACUCAGUUUCUUCCAACGACACAAAAAAUUAUGCAGUUCUCCUCUGGGCUUACGCCAAAGGCUAGUGACAAGAUUGUGUAUGUGGCUGGAGCAUUUGACCUGUUUCAUGUUGGACAUUUGGACUUUCUGGAAAAGGCUCGUCAGGAAGGAGACUUCCUCAUUGUCGGACUCCACACAGACCCUGUCGUUAAUCGAUACAAAGGGGCAAAUUACCCUAUUAUGAAUCUGCAUGAGCGUGUUCUUUCUGUUUUGGCUUGCAAAUAUGUGAGCGAAGUUGUAAUAGGAGCCCCAUAUUCUGUAACAGCGGAUUUGAUGGACCAAUUAAAAGUGAAUUUGGUGUGUCAUGGAUUGUCUGAGAUCAUGCCAGAUGCUGAUGGCUCGGAUCCAUAUGCCGAGCCCAAGAGGAGGAGCAAAUUUAAGCUGCUGGAUUCUGGAAAUGACAUGACCACCCAGAGAAUUGUGGAGAGGAUCAUUGAACACAGGUUGGAGUAUGAAGUGCGAAAUAAGCUAAAAGAGAAAAAGGAGAAGGCUGCUUUUGCUGCAUACAUGAAAGCCAAAGCUGAGGGCCACACAGACAUCGGCCAGAUAAAAGGAGAGUGACCAUUCGUCCGUAAUAUGAAAGCUGGCUCAUGCAUUAUAUUAUAAUUUUCUCAUGUUUGUUAUAAGAAAUAUUUUGUACAUUUUAUAUUUAUCAUACUUAGUGGGCCUUUUUCUUAUAAGUCUUGGUGUUCCGUGGUCAUGGUAUACUAACCAAAAAAAUGAACACAUUUCAAUUCAGGUUUUUACUGGGAUUUAUUUAUCAUAAUGAGAAGAGACAAGACCAUCAAUGUUAUAAUGAUUAGGUGUAUGGUUAGUGGUUGUUGACUGAAACCAUGACCACAGUCUGUCCUAACUUGUCUUGUAAAACUUUAUGACCACUUGUUGAAGAAUGAAAUAUAGUACUAUACAGAAUGUAUAAAUUUUAUAGAACAAAUACACACAUUUUGUAAAACAUUAAUUAUAUAUAAAUAGUAUAAAUAAUGUAAAUGUUUUUAACAAGAGUUUAUAUUGAUUCUACAGGUACAAUUUAAAAAUGUAAUGAAUCUUGACAGGGAAACCUAUUUUUUCCACGUACAUGCAUUGAAAGGUAGCCUAGGGUAACAUCAGUGGUUGUGAACAAAAUUUUGGAACUCUAGAAGCCAAAGCAAAAUACAAUACAGAAAAUUGUGUGGUGUAUAUUCUGUGGUUUAGGGGAAGGAGAAACAUAAUUUUCUACAUUAAGGAACAAAGUUGGUCUAGUCAUUUUGGCAAUAAAUUCAUCCAUUAUCUGUAGAUGUUUUAGGUUCAUUGACAAUGUUGAAGUUCUAUUUUUAUUUUACAUCCAACUUCAAUGAAGCUGUAAUCUACCAGUGCUCCCAUUGAAACUUUUACAGUGAUUAAUUUUAUUCAUUGAGUUUUAUUCCCAAGCUGGAGAUUGCUAGAGAAUGAAGGAUACACUUAACAGUGAGUUCAGUAUACUGACUUAGGAUUUGGAAAGUGGCAAAGAUUAUUCUUCCUAUAUUUUAUCAUAGUGAAUAAAUGGAAAAGGAAUGAAAUGAUUGUUAAUUUUCCAUUAUUAACUUGAAGUUUUAAAUAUAGUGUAUAUGAAGCUAGUCAGAACAAGAUGGGGCUUUUUUUUCUUGAAGGUUUUCCUUUAUUUUGAAAGUUGAGCAAGUUUUACAUAUUGUAUUACAUGUGCUCAUACUUCUUAAUUUAUUGAAUAUGUUUGAUGUGACCAAACUACAGUAUAAUGAAAAUAGGUAUUUCUUAUAAUAUUAUUUUAACUGUGUGCAAGUGAUGUUAGGCAAGUUUUGUGUUAUGGGAAACUCUUAGGUUAAACAAGUGUAGUUUCAGAGUAAUUGCAAGUACUGUGAAAUAGUAGCACGUAGUUAGAUGGAGAAUUCAGCUAUUGGGAUGCACUUGUCUAUUAAAAUAAAUCUUGUGUCUAAAACAACCGAUAAAUUUUAAUCUUUUGCAUCCAGAGGAAAUAGUAGAGUUUUACUUGAGGUUUUUAUUUUGAGUGUGUGGAUGAAUGUUCAAAAAAUGAAUCACUGAACAAUACACAACGAAUACACUCAUUGCGCACUGUGGCGGUGGAAUUAUCUUCAAUUACUGUGCUCCAUUGUUCAAAUUUCUCAGUGUAAUGAGUAGUCUUGCAGAGAUUUUUAGUUUUACAUCAUGUCUCAUUGCAUGUUUUAUGUAAUUAGUAUUCAAAAAAUAUAAAUUAUUGUUCAGAAAUUUAAAAUAUAUAAAGCAAAUCAGUUCCUCAUGGUUUAACUUUAAGUAAAUCACUACAGUAGCUAGAAAAAUACAGUAGUUUUUGGUGUAUAUAAUUCCUUAAAAUAACAUUUAAUACACAUCCACUUUGAUACUUGUGUUGAUAACUAUGACAAGUUAUUGAAAGUUAUUCACUGUACCUUACUGUAUAUAUUUGUUUUUUAUUCAGUGUGAAAGUUCAUUUGAGGAUUGUGACCUAUUUGUGUGACUAUUUAUAUGAAAAUGAGUACUUGUUUGCUUUUGGUAUACAAAAACACUAUACAUGGAAGUAAUUUUAAAACUAAUCUUUACAACCAUUGUUUGUUUUUUUAACAAGCACCAAACCCACACGAGUCAUACAGCAUAGUGCUUUAUAAAGACUGAUUCCUUAAACACCCUAUAUUGUAAUGAACACUGCAGCUGUACUAUCAGUUGUAGCAUAUUUCCAGAUGUAAUAUACAGGUACAUAUAUGUUAAUAAACCAGAACAUGGGGCCUCACAAAUGUUAAUACAUUAUACAAUUACUUGUGAUCAUGUAGUGAUUAUUUAUACACUACGUAUGUGCAUAUCACUGAUUUACUUUUGACUAAGAAUUAAUUUAAAAUCUACUCAUUUUUAAUUGCCAUCCUUCAAGAGAUCAUAAGACAGAUAAUUGAAAAAUUUUCUAGCAAGUUCUCUUAUUACAAGUUUUAUCUAUAAUGUGUGCAGCUAGCAUGCCUAAAGCAAGUGAGGUUACUUGAUGCCAAAAACCACCUUGAGAUGCUUCUAUGUGGUGGCCCUUUGUUUUUUAAAUGGAGCGUAAAACAUUAUUUUGGUAGGCAAGGAGACGCUGAAUGGGUUGUCAUCCAAUAAAGACCUGUCAGACGGCCCUUGUCCUCUUUCCUGAUGAGCAAGACACAACCUGAUAACAAAGCAAACAUAUUUUUUAUACGAGUAAAGAUAAUACUGGUUUGCAAAAGGAGGACCCCAUGAAGAGAUAUAUUGAUAAAACAAAUUCAGUGAUGCUGUACAGUAUAAGAUAUAAUUUGUGCAUGUUUUCAAAGUGAUUAAUGUUCCAUCAAAAAUUGUUGCUGCCUUAAUUCAUCUUGACCUUAUUAAGUAUUCAGUAAAACUGACAAAAUUUGUUAAAGUAUUCUCUUCCAGGAAAUCAGUUAUAUAUAUGGAAUAUGUAUUUGUUAAGUAACCUAAUGAGCACCUUAAUUUAUAAAGGAUAGUGAGUACUGUAGCAUAUUUUGGAUGGGCUUAAAUAGUGAAUGUAUGUAUUUGCCUUCAAAAUUUGGCACCCAGGAAGACGGGUGUGGGAAAUUUAAUGAAAUUCAAAUUAAAGAGCCUAUGCAAAUUUGAUUCUGCAUAAAAGUCGAGCAUUAGUGUAGGCAUACAUCAUGAAUAUGAUGGGUUAGGUUUCAGACCACCCCCAUAGAGUGAAUCACAGCUUUCUUUUUCACUUGCCAGUGCACAAAAAAGCCUAAGAACAUGUUUACACUAUCAUGAAGUACACAAUAGCACUAAGCCUAAAAAAAAAGAUGAAGUAAAAAUGAUAAAUCUUUUUUUUAAAUUGCUGAGAACCAUCUUAAGAGCAAGGCAAACUCUAAAAAUAAUAAUCAUAAAUAUAAUUGAAAAAUGCCCUAUUUGCAAAGGAAGUGCCAUAUUAAUGAGGCGUGCCUGUAUUUAGGUAGUAGCAGAAAAUCGUAAAUGUCUUAGAACCCACUAUCAAAUUUUGUUAUCUACUAGAUAACAGGCCUUCCUAAAGAAGGACCAACGUAUGCCUGAGGAAUAUGCUGUAUCAGUCUUAACAUCAGUAUCUUAAAUCUUUUACAGGAUUUCUCUUCAGUGGUUCUGCAUAAGGGAACUUUUUUCUUCAUGAAAUGGUAAUACAGUACUGAAAUUUUGCUCAAAUGUAAUAAAUUCAAAGUGUUAUUUUAUUUUUGCAAAGGAAGAGUUGAGUGGGAAUGAUGAUCACAAUAUAUCUUUUAAUAAUUAAAUAGUAAAUAAUUUAAUUGCUGUACUGUAUUGAUGAAAUUCAAAAAAUAGCAUCAAAUUUACUGUUACAGCACUAGUCUUUACAUGUGUACCUUGAAAACAAAUUUUUAAUAGGCAAAAUUGAAACAUUAUUUACUGAAUGUGGUUUUAUUUGCUCUUAAAAUUGAGAGAAUACAGUAUAGUAUUUAAAACAAAUGAUUCAUGAUAUUUUGUUUUUAAUGCUUUAUAAUUAAAGGCAUGUAAUAUAUUCUUUCUUCAUAUAUGAACUUUUUCCAUUGUGUAUGAAACCACUGUCACCAAAACUGCACUAUUGAUUAUUAGGUUCCCAUUCUAUAUUGUUGAUUCAAACUAUCUUAUUUGGUUAUUAUCUGCAUAAAUAUCAUUUUCAGAGCGGCAGUGACUUGAUCUUGCCACCGCCAAGUGCAUUUAUAGAUAAGGCUGCUAAGCUGUUGGUAUUUUCUAAAAAGCACAGAAUGCAGUGGUUAGUGAUGUAUUAUAAUUAGCAAAUUGGUACCUGAUGUGUGUGAUGAGCAAUUAGUUGCCUUUGGUCAGAUUUUCACUGUGAUCCCUAAGAUAAUCUUAUUUUUUGCUUGUCUGAAUGUCUUGUCCUUCCUGGCUCUGUAGGCAGCGCUCUUGCCUCACACACAGAAUGUCCGUGGUUCAAUCCCUUACCUGGUAGAAAUGUUGGGGAUGUUACCUUACACCUGCUGUCACUGUUCACCUAGCAAGCAAGUAGGUACCUGGAUGUUAAUUGACUGGUGUGGGGGGACAAGACUGAAGGACCCCAGUGGAAAUAAGACAGACAGUCCUCAAUGAUAUGCUGACUUUCAUGGGUUAUCCUGAGUGGCCAAUCCUCCGGGUUAAAAAUCCUUACAAAUCUUAACUUAUAAAUCUCCAUAUUAACCAGGAGCACUGAAUGACCCCCCACAGGUUUAGCGCUUCCAUGAAUAUAAUCAAUAUUAAUAUUUCUUGUGUUAAUUAGAAGUGCACAUAUAAAAAGGUUUCUGUAGCUGAACUGGUUGAUAGACUUUUAAUACAGAUUUUUCAUCAAGUUACCUAAGAAACUCUCUUCUCUUGGUGGCAGUGUUGUGAGAAUAUAAAGAGUAUGUAACAGUUAUCAUUCCUCAUUUUAGCUGUACAGAGU